AAGCUUGAGAAAAGCACUUCGUGUGUCACUAAAUCAGUUUGUGUGCGCUUAGGCUCGCUAAUGCAAAAUGGCCUCGGUAAAAAUGAAUCGAAAACGAUAAGGAGACAGGGUGUGACUGAUUCGAGCUAACACUAACGCCUUUCUUCGUCCGUCAGUUUCCUGGGCCAGAGAGAGAGAGUAACGGAAGCGUCGGUGCAGAACGCCUGCCCCACAGAAUUACGUUGUGAGCCACGGACUGAGGUGGACGUCUGUGGCUCAGUACUCUGUUAGUGUUGCAUCAUCAUUUAUUGCAUCAUCUAUUGUCGCACAAGUUUUUUGUUACUCAAUCUUAAGCACAGGCUGUAUCGUUUCUGGUGGAAACGGAAGCCUUUAAUAGAAGAAGAAGAAGAAGAAGAAGAAGCCUGUUCCACAGUAUGCCCGGCAGUCCCGCGGACCGGAAACUGAAUUUUGAGGUCGUCGGAAGCGCGGAGAGUUUCGUCGGUCGAAUCCUGUUGGAGCAAGGACUGGGGAAAUUCUGUGAUCCGGAUUUCGUGCGGUACACGUCACGCGAGAUGCAAGAGGCGUUGGACAUAACGCGCGAGGAGAUGGAUCAGGCGGCUCACCAGUUGCUCCUGUAGGAGCGACGCGGCCAACCGUUGACUUAUUAGCUGCAACAGGGGCGCGGAGCAGCAGCAGCAGCAGCAGCAGCAGCUACAUAAACCGUGGAGCGGCCAGCUACAGAUCACGACCGACAUCGGUUACCAACCGUUACAGGAACAGUCACCGAGUCAGCCGGUCUAUCGCCAGCUGCCGUCAUCGCGACAGUAACCGGCAGCAGCAACAACAACAGCAGCAGCAGCGACAACCACCGUCCUAGCAGGACGAGAAACUCGCCGUGACGCGAACGUCCACGUAACCCGAAACUUCCUAUUCCCCCUCAUCGGGAGUAAUCGCCGAAGGACCGAAAUCGUCAGUUAACAUGAAGUAUUAUAACUGCGAGGAAUCACCGCGACCUUCGACGGAAUCUGAAUCGAUUGGCGCGUCUUCGAUGGAUUCAGACUGCGUGGGAUUCAAUCGUC